AGUUUUGAUUAGAUUCAAUUGGUAUAAAGUUCAUAAAAUGAAUUUUCUGAAGGCUCAUUUUUUUUUUAAAUUUCAACCGGUUUACCUAAAAUAGGACACUCUAUUUCAAAAGUACCGAGAACAAAUUUUGAUAUAAAUAUUUCUAAAACUUUGGCUUAAUCAACUUUAACCGGUAACUAAUGUAUACAAGAGUGUGGUGAAGGCAAUUUUAUAGUUCGAUAAAAAUGGAUCAAGUUGCGGCAGGUGCGAGCUGUGACCCUAACGAGUUUUAUAGUCAAAACGACACAAGCUCAAUUAGCCUAACUGUCAAAGCAUUCAUGCUUCCAUUUUGCGCGUUCACGUUUAUUCACGCUCCAUUUCUCAUUUUGAUGCCCUUUUUCAACGAGCGGCUCAACCUGAACUCUAGGAAAAUCAUUGCUAUGAUAGUGUUAUCUGACGUAUGUUCAGAGUUCCUGUCUUGCUGGAUUACUCUAGUUGGAUACCCUGAAAACCUUCAUGUCUGCUAUUGGGUUACUCAGCUACACUUGAUCACGCGAAAUUGGUCCCAGCUAUGGUCUUUGUGUUUAAUUAUUAACGUGUUUCUGACUCUCAAGCCGAGACUUGGAAUCGGUGGAAGCUCAAAGAUGUUCAUUAAUGCUAGUCACGUGAUCAUUUGGCCCUACGGUCUUCUGCUGAUAUUCAUCACUGCGGGUCAUCCCCCGUACGGAAUAAAACAAUUCAAUUUUGGAGGUACGGGUGCUGAAGGAUGUCGAGGCGACUUCUCAUUCGAGAUUUCACACGACGGAACGAAAUGUCUAAUGGCUGGCCCCGGUAAAGUCCUGUUCGAAAUUUUCUUUGCCAAUAUUUUCACUGUCACUGUUUUUGCCGUGUUGUUCUUUGCUCUUACGGUAAACUAUGCUUACAGAGCAUACGCUGUUUUCAAACGGAAAUCGGAAGAAAAUUUUGAACAUUCCAUCAACGAUGGGUUUGAUAUUGGCGCAAGCUUCAGUUUGAAAGUACUUCGAACAACACUGAAGUUAUCACUGACUGCGUUUGUUUAUGUUUUCAUUCUUAUUCCUAUUUUCGUCCUUGACUUCUACUAUUUAAACGUCGGCGCACCAGAAAAUGAGUUUGUUCAGUCGUUUUUCAAAGUUUACCCUGUCUUGAGUACCUCAUUUAUUGGAGUGGUAAACAUCGUAUCAUAUGGGUAUUUAAGUUCAGUGUUUCGCCGGGAGCUCCUCCAUCUCCUAAAACGGAUACUUUUUGGAGGCUGCAGUCAAAACAAAUCGGCCGAUAAUUCUUUCAAUAUGAACACUAGAAGCAGCACAAUGGGAUCAACGACUAGUUCGAAUUUGAGGGACGAUGGAAUUUUCCAUCAAACUUCUUUUGCUUCUUUGUUGACAGGAUAAAAGUAAAUUCAUGAAAUUGUUAUGCAUAUCACCGCCUCUGUUCUUUUACAUUUUGGUUCUGACUUUCGAAGAGUGUGACGGAAUAUUUAUGCUUGGUUUUU